AUGGGAAAGCCACCACCAUUGAAGAAAGAUUUGGAAAAAGAUGCGAAUUUGAUAACCAAGAAGAAAGGAAUUAAGAUUCAUCUGCCGAAGGUGAGUUUAAAGUCACGGAAAAAAAAAAGUGUGGCACCUGUUGAUAUUUCCUCUGAUGUGGUGACUCAUGCCAUUACUUCAAAUCAUUUUGCGGCUUUGGAAACGAUUGAAGAAGACAAAAACGAAGUUGUGAAUGUUGAGGAGGAAGGAUCUAUCGAAGAAGUGUUUGCCGAAGAACUUGGCGAUCAUAGAAGCGAUGCUAUUCAAAAUGUUUUGCUGCCAUUGGUUAGUGGUGAUUCCUUGGGGCUUGAUAAAUAUUAUGAUGAUGGGAUAAUUGGUAAAAAUUCUGAAAUGGGGGCGGUAGAUGAUAUUGAACGCGAUGUUUGGUCGGAAGGUGAUUUGGACGAUGCUAAAACUCAUGACUCUGCACAAGGGGAGAGUUAUGUUCCGAAAAAGUGUGGUCGAAAAUCAAAGGAAGAAAGAGCUAGAGCGCAAGCUGGGCUAGUUCCCAGGCAUUCUCCGCGUUUGCAAUAA